GUCCACUAUGACGACUCAAUGGCCAGCUAAUGGAAAGCUAGAAAUCGGCAAAGAAGGCGUUGACUUAUACAAUUUUACGACAAAACCUAACAAUUUGACUGAGAAAAACGUGAAAGUUACUAGAGAGGACGAUAAAUUACGAUUAGAUCAAACUGACGACAGCGGACAGACAUAUAGCUAUACGGGAAGGAAACAAGACGAGAAUGAGUAUAAUUACGUGAUGAUAUACGAUACAGACAGUAAAAAGCUAUCAAUUGAGCCGAUAAAUGGCCAAUAUAGUCUACAGCAGCUCGAGGACGUCGAUGAAUUUCUCGAUAAGGAAUUACUGGAUGGAUUCCAGGAUAUCUCAGACGACGAUCAGGAAGUAGAGAGUAACACGCUACCUGAAGGCGCAGCUUCUAAUCAAAAUACCCAGCCAAUGUCAUUGAACGCAUUCCUAGGAAAUGAUAAAAAUGAUACAGAUGAUGUUGUAUCUAGCUCAGAUGAGAGUAAUUAAUGUGUACUUUUCUAUAGAUUACGUGAUUUCCCCCUUCUUCUCCAACGAUCAAUAUGAGCGUCAGACCAGCAUCUAGGAUAGCAUUCGAGCUGAACAAAUCAGCAGACGUAUGGAGCAUAUUCAACCCACUCGUCAUGCCAAAAACAUCACUUAGUUUGGGACAAGGUUUCAUGAGUUGGAAACCCCCAAGUUACAUCAGAAGUGCUUUGAAUAACUCCAUAAAUGAGGAUACAUCGGUGCACCACUACAGUCAUCCUAAAGGUAGACCACGCCUCCGUAAUGCACUUUCAGAACACUUUUCACCUGAAUUUACCUGCUUAAAUGGCCGCAAGUUGGAUACAGAGUCUGAAAUUAUCGUCACUGCAGGCGCAAACGAGGGUAUUUACUCCAUCCUCGCCGCCUUCCUCGAGCAAGAUGACGAAGUUAUUCUUUUUGAACCAGCCUUCGACCAGUACAUGCCAAAUGUUAGAUAUAACGGUGGUAAAGAAGUCUACGUCCCUAUCAGAUUCCACGGCGAUCCAACAAAGAAUUCAACUGGAGACGAUUGGAAAAUUGAUAUCAACGAAUUGCGCGCAGCUAUUACACCAAAGACUAAAGCAAUGAUAUUCAACACUCCACAUAACCCAAUUGGAAAGGUCUUCAACGAGCAAGAACUCAAUGAAAUAGCUCAAGUCGCGAUUGAUAAUAACCUUCUCGUUAUUUCAGACGAAGUUUAUGAUUGUUUGACGUUUGACGGCUCAAAGCACCUCAAAAUCGCUAACAUUCCAGGCAUGUGGGAGCGCACAUUGACAGUUGGAUCAGCUGGUAAGAGUUUCGCUGCCACUGGUUGGCGCGUUGGUUGGGUUCUCGGUCACCCAGAACUCAUAAAGGCUACUUUAGCUGCCACCGUAAGAAUUGUCUUCUGUGUCAACAGCACCGCACAGGAAGGUGCUGCCAUCGGCCUUGAACAAUCAAAGGAGCAAAACUUCUUCCACAACCAAAGAGAAGAAUACGAAGUACGUCGUGAUACACUCACAAAGCACCUCGAUAGUAUUGGUUUACCAUACACCAAACCAUCUGGUUCAUACUUUAUUUUGGCAGAUAUCAGCAAGGUAGACUUCCCAGAGGAUUACCCAUUCCCAGACUACAUAAAAUCGCGUACCCGUGACUUUAGAUUUGCCUGGUGGUUGGCGCAUGAAUUUGGUGUCGUCACCAUUCCGCCAUCGGAUUUCUAUGGUGAAGAAAACCAAAAACUCGGUGAGCAAUUCAUUAGAUUUGCAUUCUGCAAGGAAGCAGAUAUUUUGAACGAAGCGGGAGAGCGUAUCAAGGGACUUGCGAAGUAUAUCAAAUAAACGAAUGUCUAUUUGUAAUAGAUUUAUAAAAUUUAUAAAAUUU